AUGAAUUUUGAUAAAAAGAAGUAUAUCCGCAAUCUUACGGAAUAUAUGAUGGAUUGUUGGGAAAUAGAUUUAAACAACUUAAAUGACCUUGACAAAAAAUUACUAGAUAUCAGAAUUCUUUACCCUGUGGACUCGAAUUCAGUUGCGUUUACAAGUUGUAUUACAUUGCAUGUUUGUAUUGAUGCUCUUUUCCCCACACUUUCAAAAUCUAUACCAAAGAGGGAAGUUCUGGAUGAACCCGUUAAUUUACUAGCACUUGGAUUAAGCUGGAUUGAUCCUACCAUAGUCACGGAUAAAAGAGUUCAAAAUAAAGUAGGCGUAUCAGAAAGGGUUAUACAAGCAUCACUUUUUUGUGCUUUUAAUAGCUUAUUGCCUAGACUGAUGAUGUGCUUACUGGAAAUAAAAGGCGAAGGCAGAACACAACUUGAUUUGAUGAUAGUUGAUGGUGACCAAAAUUUGGUAGCUUAUUCACUCAAAUGUAAUAAAAUAUCAUCAACUGAUUUUGAAAAACCAAUCGACCAGGUGCAAAUUUAUGCUAGUCAUUUCGAAAUGGGCGUAUAUCUUGUCAAUUUCUUUCUAAGUGGUCAUAAACCGCCUUCAGAUCUUGAUAAUGUUUCUGAAGGAAUCAUUAUAAUUAAUGUUAAAGACAAUA